AUGGCUCUCGAUCACACGCGGGACCCGUGUCCUUGGGUCGUUCUGAAUGACUUUGGCGGUGCCUUCGCCAUGGGGGCGAUAGGCGGCACCGUCUGGCACGGCAUCAAGGGCUUCCGCAACAGCCCCUACGGCGAGCGGCGCAUCGGCGCAAUCACGGCCGUCAAGAUGCGCGCCCCGGUGCUCGGCGGCAACUUCGGCGUCUGGGGCGGCCUCUUCAGCACCUUUGACUGCGCAGUCAGGGGCGUACGGCGAAAGGAAGAUCCCUUCAAUGCCAUCGCGGCGGGGUUCCUGACGGGCGGGUCGCUGGCAAUACGAGGUGGCUUUCGGGCGGCGAGGAACGGCGCUAUUGGGUGCGCCGUGCUGCUUGCCGUCAUCGAGGGCGUCGGCAUUGGGUUCCAGAAGAUGCUGGCAGGAAGCACAAAGCUGGAGGUCCCAGUACCUCCGGGAGCCGACGGCCAGGCUCUGGCAUGA